CCUCGACUGAUUUUUCGCCCUCUGUGGCCAUUUGUUGAACUUGAGAGUGUGCGGGGCCUGGUGUGACAUCCAGGUUGACGGUAAGCAUGAACAGCUUCGCGAGACUUUCGUGUUCUGUGAGUACUGUAAGAGUGUUGUUCAUUAAGUUGUCUGUUACCGAAACUAUUGCAAAAACCACGACUGCCGGGUUUCACUCGGCGGCAACCAAGGAUGUGAACAGGCCCCGUGCACUUCUCGGCAACCGAGCACAUCUCGGUUCAGCAAAUCAUGUGUCUAGGCGUUUCAGGAAUAGAAAGAUACUGUCGUGGCCCACUGAUUACCUCCCGUUUGAGUGGUCUUACCCAGCGCCCACUGACGUUAUCGCAAGAUCUGGGGACUUGGUCAGUGACACAGGACCAACUGACCCGACCAUGCCGUUGUCCGGAUUCGAGCUGUCUGACGAACUUAAGACGGCUUCGCUGGAAGUGAAAAGGGUAUUUAGCUUGCAGCUCGCAAACAUGAGGCAGAUCCACGAGGCGAAAAAGCACAGAUUUGUGAAGCUUUGCCAAAGGCAUCCAUACGACUUUGAUUCAUUUGAGUACAAAGUUGCUCACAAGACCUUUCUCGUAAGGAAGCUUAAAGAGCUCUAUCACAUGAACCCAAAGCGCAGGGAGCUGAAGGAUGCACUCGCCAAGGCCAUUGAGAAACGCAACAAGGCACUCAAGUAUUUGUACCGGUAUGACCGCGAGCGUUUUCACUUUGUCACCCACACACUGCACAUCACUUAUACUCCUGCUCAGCUGCACCACAUCACGCUACCUGUCACCAAGAAAGGUGACCUCCGGAGGCUUACAGCAGAGUACUGCGAGAGAAUAAAGCAAGACAAGAUGAAUGCAUUCCACGAGAAACUCGUGGCUGAGCAGGUUGCCUUCCUUGAAGAGAAAUGCCGUGCUGAGGAGUGGAUCCAUGCAGAAGGAGAAAGGCUGGGACUCUCCGAGGACGAGCGUGAGAGCACCAAAUACGUGGGCAUCCUUGACAAAGUAAAACACACAGAAUGAUAUUGCUUACCUUUCGCAGAUGUUAGAAUAAAUCUGUACUGCCGUGUUUCUUUUCAA